GGGAAGAAAGCAUCUUGGUUGCCGUGGGGCUCGUUUUAUAUGUGUCAACAAAUGCUUGAUGACAGAAGUCGCGGAGGGCCGGCUGGAGGGAGUAUGAGAACUCAGCAGCAACAGAAAGCAGCAAGAGGAUGCCAUGCCAUCAAAUCUGUAAGCGUGGAACGGAUGUGCCUUCAAGAAUGGUAAGAUGAGCAUGGGAUGCAAUGAGGACAGCCAUCUCAAUAGCCUGCAUAAUUCCCUAUGAGGCUCACACCCACCCACACCCAAGUGAUUUUAGUUUCUUCCCAUCAUCCUUUGCCUCCCUGCCCAGCCAAGGCUGUCAAACACACACUGUGUGUGGUUGGUAGUUCCUCUUAGAGCCAGAGUGCCUCAGCUAUCCAAUGACGACGGAACUCAUUGAAGAAGCUUCGUUGGGCAAUUUCUCCUAUGACGUUGAGCGUGGAGAAGAAAGUCCUGUCACCAGGGCCUUGGGCGCAGUCCUCCUCCUUAUGUGUCUCUUCGGGAUGACGGGCAAUAUCUAUACGCUGGUGGUAGCGUUUGGUGGCAUGUCUGUUCGCUCGGUGGGUUCUUUGCGCAUCUACGUGGUCAACCUGGCCUUAGCCGAUCUGCUCUACCUUUCCACCAUCCCCUUUGUGGUGUGCACAUAUUUCGCCCAGGACUGGUUCUUUGGGGACGUGGGCUGCCGGUUUCUGCUUAGCCUGGACCUGCUGACGAUGCACGCCAGCAUAUUCCUGCUGACGGCCAUGAGCGUGGAGCGUUAUUGGGCCGUGACCAGACCGCUAAGGGCCAGGCAGGCUGGAAACAGGUACCGCAGGCUUGCUUGCGUUGCCGUGUGGCUCGUCUCGUCUUUGCUUACGGUGCCCAUGAUGGUCAUGAUCCAGCAGCGGGAGGGCAGGAGCAGAAAGCUCAUCUGCUUCCCCACGUGGACGCCUGGCGCUUUCCAAGUGUACCUCACGGUUUUGUUUGGCACAAGCGUCCUUGGGCCUGGUUUGGUCCUGGGGGUCGUGUACUCCCGGCUUGUGCAGGCCUAUUGGGCUUCCACAAAAGUCAUGUGGUCACCUGUGGCGAGCAGGGCCCUGAAGCAGAAGCUGUUCCCCAGGAUCUUCAGCAUCAUCGUAGCCUACUGGGCCUGUUUCGUACCAUUCUGGGCCUGGCAACUCACCAAGCUGUAUUGGCCAGAGGACUUGGAGAUUGGGCCGACCGCCCAGGCUUACCUCAACUUUGGCGUUACCUGCUUGACCUAUGGCAACAGCUGCGUCAACCCUUUCCUGUAUACUUUGCUCACCAGGAAUUACCGCGAGUACAUGGCUGCUCAGGGCGGAGAAAGGCCACGGAGGAGGCAUGCUUUCUUCAAGAAGAAAACGCAUGAAACGCCCCAAGCAGAACAUGUGUCUGUGGCAGAGGGAGGAGGGCUUGGAUAAAGGAGGCAAAGGGUGGCCACCGAUAAUCUACCCCAAGGAUGCCUUUGCCU